GCGUCGGCUUCUGCUUCUGCUCUCGGACCGUGAAACCGUCGGGGAGGCGCAACAACUGCUGUUUUCCUGCUUUGCUGCAGCAACUGCACGGGGCAGAGACCUUUCCCCUCCCCUUGCCGGGCAUUUUUGUGGGGGGCGUCCCGCCCGAGGACUGCGUACAGGCGAGAGCCAUUCUGGAGAUGCUCCUGGCCCCCGAAGAGGCACUAGCGAGCGCGCAGGAGCUGCCGGGCUGCUGAGAACGCGCCGUCGAGGGAACGUCGGAAGGCGGCAGGCAGGUAAAUCCGGGGAGAGACGGCGGGGACAGGGGGCAGCCGCGACCCUCCGCUCCCCGGGGAAUGGCAGGAAGGAGAUGGGUCGUACGAGGGAAGCGUAAGGAAUGCUUAACCCGCAGUCUUGUCUGUGUGUUUAAGGCCCUGGAGCCUGUGGAAUGAUAAGGCAGCGGAGAGCGUGCUCUAGAGCAUGUGCAGAGUUUGUUUUCCUCUUUCCCCGAGUCAUCACUCACCUGCGCUUUCGGCUCAUCUGGGUAGUCGUGAGCCUCGGUACUUCUCUGUUGCGAAGGUUCUGGGUGCCUUGAUCAGACGUCUCCCUUUUCAAGGGGGUUUGUAGGGGACAUGCCCCCAAAAAACCCCUCUAUUGUUUGCAUUGUAUGGCUCAUAAGUCACCCCACUGAAUUUCAGCGGCUGUUGCAGCAGAAGCUGAACCUGCAGUCUGAAUCAUCUGGAGCCUGGAGGGCACCAAGUUGGAGAAGGCUGCUGGAAUAUGUAGCCAGGUGGUGAAAGAAAGGAGUUUCACAAGGACUCAACUCACCCUUUCAACUAAAUGUUUAGCCCUCAACCGUGCAAUUCAGUGUGCACCUGAGAAUGUGCUGUACACUGCAGUUGAACCGGAGUUAAGUCGCGCAAGCCCUGGUGCCCUAAGGCUUUUCAGCACAUCAUAGUUUCUAGAGGCACAGCGAAGAUAUUCUAAGGGAGGGAACAAUGGAGGAAAUCUAGCAUCUUGAUUCUGUUUCAGUCUGUAUCGCAGCUCUGUGGGAGGGGUGUCCAGCUCUGUCCUCUUGGUUGUUUAUACACACCUCCCCCUCCCCCUGCAAAAGCUGCAAUCCACUGCUCACCCAGUGGGGGGGGGGGAUACAAGUAUGUACCUGUAUUUUUCUUCCAAUAGUUGCGUGAGGAAAGACUAACCAUUGGCCUGGCUGCCUCAGAAUGUUAAACCAUGGUUUAUUAAAAUCACACACACACACACACAAACUUUGUCCAGAGGUAUAACUAGGGUUUCCAACAAACCAUGGUUUGUUAUUGGGUUAUGAACCUUGGUUUGUUUUAACUGCAGCUUGUCAUCAUGCUUAAACUCAACACCCCCUCCUGAACCAAGGUUUGUUUGGCCAGACCACCUCAAUUGCAGGAGCAACUGGAAAAACAACAACAAACAAACAAACUUUGGAUAAAUAAGCCAUUGUUUGUCUGAUUGUCUGUGCGGCAACUCAUGGUGAACUUGUAGUUUGUCAAACCACAGUGUAGUGUUACAUGGAAACCAGACAAUUUCCUCCUCCAACACUGCUGCUUUGGGGUGUAAAAAACUGAGCCCACAUCUCCACCCAGGGUCUUCAAGGAGUUUGGAGUGGAAUGUGCACCUAAUAUUCUUAUUGUUGUUUCCUUAGUUUUGGUAUAUUUGAAAAUCAUCUCUCUUCCUCUCUCAUAAAUAAAAUGAAAUAUUGGUUUGCUUCUGUGACCAAAUGGCACGUCACAGUAAACCAUAGUUGAUGGUGGGUUGUCCUGUCCCCUCAACACACAGAGGAAACAAACCAUGGUUCCUAGUGUCAGGCGCAUUGCACAUAGGUCUAGGGCACAAAUUUGCAUUAGCUAUUGCAUAAUGUAUGAAUGCUUCUGCGCAAAUUGUGCAGAGUGUGUUGUGUGUGUCAUAGACAUAUCUCCACUGGUCUACCCCCUAACAACUCUCCUGCUGGGUGAAGUAUGUCCACUGUGGUUGGUUUUGCUCCAACAGAGCACGAGGUCUCUUAGAGGCCAAGGGAUGCUCAGCGCAUGGGCUCCGGAAGGCCAGGGAUGCUCAUGUGAGCCCAGCAAGAUCUCGCAAGAGCACUACAGAAUUGGUGCACCAACAGGGCUUUGCCCCCCACCCCACCCCCCCUCCAAGCAAGGCAGAGAGCUGAAGAGCUCAUACCACGCUGUUUCUGCUUGGCUUACGUGGUGUGGAAAGAGCUUUCAAGCUCUCGGCUUUGCUUGCAUUUAACUUGCAGAAUUUCAACCAGCCGGCCCCUAGCCACAUAUGGUUGAAAUUGCGCGAUCUAAAUGGCCAAAAGAUUCGAUUGCAUAUUCUCUCUGCAAAUGCAGGCGGCUUUAGCGUAACUCGGCAGGUUUGAUGUAUCAGACAGGUGAGCCCCUGCUGUCACUCCUCAACUUCAGCACACCUUGAAAAUAUUCCCUGUCUCGUCAGCACCAUUUUAUUCGAAUUGAUCUCAUAAUUUGUACUUGCACCCACUUUUGCCAAUUAAAAAAUACUUGUGCAAUGGUGCUUAAGUGGAAAAAUGUGUUGAUGCAAGUAGGUCUUGAAAGACCUACACUGGCUCCCAGUACGUUUCCAAGCACAAUUCAAAGUGUUGGUGCUGACCUUUCAAGCCCUAAACGGCCUUGGUCCAGUAUAUCUGAAGGAGCGUCUCCACCCCCAUCGUUCUGCCCGGACGCUGAGGUCCAGUGCCGAGGGCCUUCUGGCAGUUCCCUCACUGUGAGAAGCCAAGUUACAGGGAACCAGGCAGAGGGCCUUCUCGGUGGUGGCACCCGCCCUGUGGAACGCCCUCCCACCAGAUGUCAAAGAGAAAAAUAACUACCAAACUUUUAGAAGACAUCUGAAGGCAGCCCUGUUUAGGGAAGCUUUUAAUGUUUAAUAGGUUAUUGUAUUUUAGUGUUUUGUUGGAAGCUGCCCAGAGUGGCUGGGGAAUAAAUAAAUUAUUAUUAUUAUUAUUAUUUUUAAAAAAACAGAUUUCCUUCUUUCUUUUAGAAAAGAACAACAUGCGCCCUUUCCAACUGGGACAAUUUCAGGCCACUAUCAUGCCAUACUUUUAAAGUUCUGUGAUACCACUUUAGACAGCCCUAUUGUAUUCCCCAAAGAAUUUUAGGAGCUGUAGUUUGUGAAGCUUGCUAAGAGACACCCCCCCAUUCCCCUCACAGAACUACAAUUCCCAGAGUUCGCUAUGAAGAGAGAUUGGCUUUUAAACCAUUCUGGGAAUCAUAGCUCUGUGAGGGGGAUGAACCUCAGUAAUAUUUGGACUUUUCAGACAAGCCCCCUGGAGUUAGAAAGUUUGAGAAGCCUUGGCCUAAUCCCCUUUUAAAGUCACAAAGCUUAUCUCAUCGUGUGGCAGUGAAUGCAAACAAUUAAAUUCCCCACCUUUUUUUUGGCCAACGGACCCAUUUGGAAACUUCAGAAGGCUCCGCAGGCGCCAGUCACAAAAUGGCUGCCUUUAGGCAGGAGCGUAACACCUAAUAGCUGCCACAUCUGAAAGAUCAGGAAAAAAAGAGAUUGGGGGCCCAAAAUAUACAAGCAUCUCCUACCCGCCUGUCUUGGGCAUUGUAGUUUUUUGAGGGUAUAUUUACUGGAACACUUGUGGCCACCAUAGGAAAGAGGAGCUGGCAGGGCCCCUGAAUCAAAUUAUGCACUGUGGGGGAAAGUCUUAAUUUCCUGAGAAUGUCCUCCUUCCUCAUGCAAAAGCAUGAUCAGUGCACAGGGGCUGCCUUGUCUGCAGAUCUGAUGAGCCAAAAGACAAGUUCUCUUUUAAAAUUAUUUUUAAACCACGGCUAGGAACCAAAGGGGACGGGGGUGGCGCUGUGGGUUAAACCACAGAGCCUAGGACUUGCCAGUCAGAAGGUCGGCUCCCGUUGCUCGGUCCCAGCUCCUGCUAUCAGUUCAAGAGCACGUCAAAGUGCAAGUAGAUAAAUAGGUACUGCUCCGGCAGGAAGUAAAUGGAGUUUCCAUGAGCUGCUCUGGUUCGCCAGAAGCGGCUUUGUCCUGCUGGCCACAUGACCCGGAAGCUGUACGCCAGCUCCUCAGCCAGUAAAGCGAGAUGAGCGCCGCAACCCCAGAGUCAUUCACGACUGGACCUAAUGGUCAGGGGUCCCUUUACCUUUACCUAGGAACCAAAGGUUGACCUGGCUCUCUUGAGACAGGAACAUUGUGUAGCAGAAGAAUGAAAGGAAGCUGCCUUAUACAGAGGCAAACUAUCUAUUUAGCAUCCCCCCCAACAUUUCUCCAAUGAAAAUAGACAUAUCAUCAUCAUCUUCAUUUUAUUUAUACCCCACCCAUCUGACUGGGUUGCCCCAGCCACUCUUGGCACCUUCCAACAUAUAUAGAAACACAAUAAAACAUUAAACAUUAAAAACUUCCCUAUUCAGGGCUGCCUUCAGAUGUUGUCUAAGGUUGUACAGUUACUUGUCUCCUUGGCUUGAGAGUUGCAUAGCUCCAUACCCUCCAACAUUUCCGUGAUGAAAAUAGGCACGUCCUAAGGAAAAGGACAUGGGUGGUGCUGUGGGUUAAACCACAGAGCCUAGGACUUGCCGAUCAGAAGGUUGGCAGUUCAAAUCCCCGCGACGGGGUGAGCUCCCGUUGCUCGGUCCCUGCUCCUGCCAACCUAGCAGUUUGAAAGCACGUCAAAGUGCAAGUAGAUAAAUAGGUACCGCUCCGGUGGGAAGGUAAACAGCAUUUCCGCGCGCUGCUCUGGUUCGCCAGAAGCGGCUUAGUCAUGCUGGCCACAUGAACCGGAAGCUGUACGCCGGCUCGCUCGGCCAGUAAACGAGAUGAGCGCCGCAACCCCAGAGUCGGCCACGACUGGACCUAAUGGUCAGGGGUCCCUUUACCUUUAAGGAAAAGGCGGAAAUUCCGGGAUCAAAUCAGAAACUGGUAUGGCUUCUGUAAAUCUGGGGCUGUCCCUGCAAAAUAGGGACACUUGGAGGGUCUGAUCCAGCUUAGUUUGGUCUACACACUGACAGCUCAGGCAGGGCCACCUGGAGAUGCUGGGGCCUCUUCUCCAUGCAAAGCUGCUGGCCCUACAUUUGCAAAUGUGCAAUACAUUAAAAUGCUUAAUAUUGCACUGUUGUCGGUUUGGGGGGUCAGUCUGGAUGAUGUCCUGGGUCCCUUCCAGUUCUUGGGGUGCAAAUGCUUGUUUACAAAGCUAUUGUACUACCAACCUUACUAUAUGCUUGUAAAACAUGGACCACUUAUAAACGCCAUAUCCAUCUCCUCAAAAGAUUCUAUCAACGGUGUCUCCGAAAAAUUUUACACAUCACUUGGGAAGACAGGCGAGCUAAUAUCAGUGUACAGUACUGGAAGAAGCAAAGAUCACCAGUGUUGAAGCAAUGAUUCUUCAACAUCAACGUCGUUGGACUGGUCAUGUUGUGCGGAUGCCUGGUGAUCGUCUUCCAAAGCAACUACUCUAUUCCGAACUUUAAAAUGGAAAGCGUAAUGCUGGUGGUCAGCAAAAGAGGUUUAAAGACUGUCUCAAGGCAAAUCUAAAAAAAUGUAGUAUAAGCCCUGACAACUGGGAAACACUGGCCUGCGAGCGCUCCAGUUGGAGAACAGCCUGUACCAAAGGUGUCACGGGCUUUGAAGACACUCGAACUCAGGAUGCAAGGGAGAAACAUGCUAAGAGGAAGGCACGCUUGGCAAACCCACACCUUGAUCAACUCCCGCCCGGAAAACAAUGUCCCCAUUGUGGAAGGACGUGUGGAUCCAGAAUUGGCCUCCAUAGUCACUUACAGACUCAUUGUUAAAACCGUGUUUAUGGAAGACAAUCUUACUUGGCUACGAGUGAUUGCCAAAGAGGAAGAAGAGGAAGAGGAAGAGGAAGAAGAAGAGAAUCUAACAGAGGAGUUUGCCAAACUAGUCAGACAAUUCUCUUAGGACAAUGACCUCCGCAGGCCACUUAAGCGUCCUGGUCAGCACCCCAAAAAAUGAGCUAGGUUGCAAGAACUACAACUGAGUGGUGGCAGCAUCUGGGCAGAUAGGUGCCCCUCAUCUCCUAGCUGCUAGGUAGGAGAACAACUGCCAGAGUUUUGGGGUGUGAGCUAAGCUGGAAGCAGGCAGGAAGCUGGAUACACAGAGACCUGCUUGCUCUGUGCUGGAUCCAAAGCAGUGACUCACGGAGAAGCAAUAUCCUUUGGGGUAUUCAUGCUGUCGGCCCCUCUUAUCUUAUGCUCAGUUUGUAGAUACAGUCCUACCUUGGUUGUUGAAUGCCUUGGUACUUGGACGUUUUGGGUCCCGAAUUCCGUAAACCCAGAAGUGAGUGUUCUGCUUUGCAAACGUUUUUUGGAAGCCAAACGUCCAUUGCGGCUUCUGAUUGAGUGCAGGAAGCUCUUGCAGCCAAUCGGAAGCCGCGCCUUGGUUUUCAAACCAUUCCGGGAGUCGAAUGGACUCCCAGAACGGAUUAAGUUUGACAACCAAGGUACCACUGUGUGUGUAAAUAAAGCCAUAUAUGCAAAAGACUAGGGACACAGGUGGCGCUGUGGCCUCAAUCCUGAGCCUCUUGGGCUUGCCGAUCGGAAGGUCGGCGGUUCGAAUCCCCACGACGGGGUGAGCUCCCGUUGCUCUGUCCCAGCCUUCCAUCCUAGAAGUUCAAAAGCAUGCCAGUGCAAGUAGAUAAAUAGGUACCGCUGUGGCAGGAAGGUAAACAGUGUUUUCAUGCGCUCUGGUUUCUGCCAUGGUGUUCCGUUGCGCCAGAAGCAGUUUAGUCCUGCUGGCCACAUGACCCAGAAAGCUGUCUGUGGACAAACGCCAGCUCCCUCGGCCUGAAAACGAGAUGAGCGCCACAACCCCAUAGUCUCCAGGGGUCCUUUACGUUUUACCUAUACAGUGGUACAUCGGGUUACAGGUGCCUCAGGUUACAGACUCUGCUAUCCCAGAAAUAGUACCUUGGGUUAAGAACUUUGCUUCAGGAUGAGAACAGAAAUCACAUGGUGGCAGUGCGGCGGCAGUGGGAGGCCCCAUUAGCUAAAGUGGUGCUUCAGGUUAAGAACAGUUUCAGGUUAAGAACGGACCUCCAGAAUGAAUUAAGUUCUUAACCCAAGGUACCACUGUAUCCAAAAUACACUGCUGUCUCUGCUGACCUUCCUUCCGAGGAAAUUGAACCCUGAGUAAGUGCCCGGAAAGCCUUGGAGUUUCCCUGCUCAGAGAUGGAGGUGGCGUGAAACAGCACUUUAUAGCAAAAGAACUUCCCGUUUUGAAGUUCUGCUAGUGCGAAGCCCUGCAAAGUGGCAGGCUGAAGUAGAUGGACCAGUGUGUGGAGCGACUUAUGACAGUGCUGCGAACAGGGCUUAAUUUCCCCGAAACACACAGUUCCACCCCAGCAGUGCCUUGGUCUAUUGUCGCAAGUAUGUUCAGAGGCACUUUUGGCCUGUUGUUGCAUGUCACUCUUCCCCGGCUUCUGACCAGCAUUUAAAAUUAGCCAGUCGCCAGUUGCAUUUUGUGACUGAUUGCAAGCAGUUUGAGAAGUCUUGGCGACUGAGACUCAAGAUUUAAAAUUGCUGCCACUGGCACCAAGGGCGCAAGAGGAGAAAUGCCUCCCCGAUGUUUUGGGGGCAACUCGCAGCCAUGCUGGCCGGAGCUGGCGCGAGUUGCCAUGCAAACGUCUGGAGGCCGCCAUUGCAAAAAAUGCAAUGUGUAAAGAUCGAAACCCAAAAUACGGGCAGGCGGAGGCCAAUUGAAGCCAGUAGUUUGUGUGUGUGCUUCUUCCUGUCCCCGGAGAGAGAGAAGAAACUUUCUCUUCCUCCUAACCAACUUCCCCUGCGCCGAGGAAAGCUUAUCUCAUACCCUUGUGGCGCCGCUUUGGUCCGGUGGCCCAAAUUCUGUUCCCUGUGUGCCUCUUGAUCCACUGAGUUGAGAGCGCCUUCUGCUUUUCAGAGUCUGAGAGGGGAUGUUAAAAGUCUACAGGGGAUCAUGUCAGCGGGGAAGGAAAUGGCCUUUCCCCACUUGCCUCCUAUCACAGCUCUGUGGUUAUUGUGGUGGCCAUGGUUCGUAAGGAGAUAAUGCUCUAGGGCGAGUGUUUUUCUGGAGAGCGUAAGGUAUUAAGAAUAGUCUGCUAUUCAUGAUAUGUGGUGGGAAUGUAGAGAAAUAAAAAAAUUCUGGGAAAUGAUAUAUAAUGAGUUGAAGAAAAUGUUUAAAUUAACAUUUGUAAAAAAAAAAAACAGAAGCAUUUUUGUUAGGGGUUGUAGGAAAAGACCUGCCAAGGAAAAUAAAGAAUCUAUUUACAUAUGAGACAUUAAAAAAUUCUGGGAAAUGAUAUAUAAUGAGUUGAAGAAAAUGUUUAAAUUAACAUUUGUAAAAGAACCAGAAGCAUUUUUGUUAGGGGUUGUAGGAAAAGACCUGCCAAGGAAAAUAAAGAAUCUAUUUAUGUAUGCGACAACGGCGGCAAGAGUCUUAAUAGCACAAGGAUGGAAGAAUGAGGAAAUCCCGACAAAAGAACAAUGGCAAGAGAAAUUGAUGGAUUAUGCAGAAUUGUCCAAGUUGACAUAUAAACUGCGAGACAAGGACAACUGUGACUUUAAAGAAGAAUGGGAGCUUUUUACAAACUAAUUAAAAAAAACAACAAAAUGAAUAGGACUCCUUGGCAGGUUUUGAAUAAACACACACAAAUUUAUUGAUUGUUAACAUAAUAGACAGAGAAUUUGAGGAUCUUUACAAUUUUACAAUGUGCAGAGUAUAACAUGUGUUGAAAAAUCAGAGAGAGGAGCUGAGGGAAGUCUUGGGGGUUCUUCCUGAGAUGGGGGAGGAAACAAUGAAGAUGAUAUGUUUUGAUAAUUUGUUAUGUUGAAAUUCUUAAUAAAAUGAUUUAAAACAAAAAAAGAAUAGUCUCCUCGAUCAGACCAAUGGCUCAUCUGGUCCAGACUCCAAUUGUGCAAGCCGGAUUCAAGCGCAAGGGUGUAGCGCCACAUGAGUGAAGGCCUCCACCUGAACAAACCAUAAGCACAAAGCCAACACUUCCCAGCACACAGAAAAGACAUGGGGAAAAGUUGGAGGCAAGAUCCUGAAGGGCUUGCUUUCUGUGUGCAGGAAACUCGGUUUCCACUCCCGAAUUUUUCACCUGCUGCGCAGCCUCACAACUCUGACCAUCUGUGAGGGAAAAUUCCUGUUCCUGAUAGCAGCAGGAGCACCACCGCUGGGUUAGUCUUUUAAAUAUUGCUUUGCCUAUUUCAAUAAUGAUGAACGGGCCACGGGAUUAGCUUGAAGCUUCCAGAAUUAUGUUGGCUUGAGUUACAAGGACAGAAGAAGAAAGGGUCUGUUUGGGAUGCAAAUUGGAUGCAGCUCAGCUCGGACGGUGAGGGUGCUGUGCUCGUGGAUGCAAACUCUCAUGCUUAUGCUUGCCCACAAAAGCUCACAGUGUUACUUGUUGUUGUUUAGUCGUUUAGUCGUGUCCGCCUCUUCGUGACCCCCUGGACCAGAGCACGCCAGGCACUCCUGUCUUCCACUGCCUCCCGCAGUUUGGUCAAACUCAUGCUGGUAGCUUCGAGAACACUGUCCCACCAUCUCGUCCUCUGUCGUCCCCUUCUCCUUGUGCCCUCCAUCUUUCCCAACAUCAGGGUCUUUUCCAGGGUCUUUUCUCUUCUCAUGAGGUGGCCAAAGUCUUGGAGCCUCAGCUUCAGGAUCUGUCCUUCCAGUGAGCACUCAGGGCUAAUUUCCUUCAGAAUGGAUAGGUUUGAUCUUCUUGCAGUCCAUGGGACUCUCAAGAGUCUCCUCCAGCACCAGAAUUCAAAAGCAUCAAUUCUUCGGCGAUCAGCAGAAGUGUUACUAUUGGUUUGCAAAGCCCUUAACGGCUUGGGACCAGUUUACUUGUGGGAUAUGCCCUCUUGACUGCACAACAUCAUACUUGUACUGCACUUGCAAUAAACCAGUCUUUUAGUGUGGCAGCACCUGCACUUUGGAACUGCCUGCCUCUUGACGCCUUGGCUGUACUUUUCGACAGUUGCCUUAAAACAUUGUUAUUUAGGCAAGCCUACAGACGUGUCGAAGUUACACGUGUUUUAUUUCUUUUUAGCUGCUGUUGAUUUUAACAAUCUUCUGAAUAUUUUAAACCACCUGCUUUUACUUGUUUUAAUCAGCAAUGUUAAUGUUUUGUUUUAUAUCUCUGUAAACCGCUUGGAGAUUUCCUUACCAUCAAGCAGUACAUAAAUUUUGUUAGAUAAAUAAAGAAAAAUACGUAUUUUCGUCUGUAGCCCGGGCUUAGAAUCUCUUCUCUCUCUCCCUCCCUUCUCCCAGAAUGGGCUGCAUGAAAUCCAAAGAAAUCAACCUCAAUAGAAAAGGCUCAGGACAUCGUCAGAGCUUGGGUGAUCCGAAUAAUUACAUACCAGACCCCACUAACGUGGUAAGUCUAAAUUACUUGCCAGUCUCAAAGAAAAAGUCAGGAGAGAUAUUUUACAAAGUGUUAAGGGUAUUUAACGGAGUGUUAAGAACUUUCUGAUGAUAAGGGCUGUUUGACAGCGGAACGGAUUCCCUCCACAAGUGGUGGACUUUUCCUUCCUUGGAGGUUUUUAAGCAGAGGUUGGAUGGCCAUCUGUCCUGGAUUGUUUAGCUGUGAUUCCUGCAUUUCAAGGGGCUGGACUCGAUGACCUUCGGGGCUCCCUUCAAACUCUUGAAGCAUUAGCUUUAAAGGCUGGUAUAUUUGUGAUGGGAUAAACUUUUGGGGGGUUAGAGAUCACCAUUAGAGGAAGCAGUCUCUAACCCGUAAGAGCUGAUGCCAUCUUCCGUAAGGCCAAGAGAAAAGAGCACACCAAGAACUCGGGCCAAUAUAAGGUUGAAUAGUGGGAGUGGUCCCUACUCGCAAAAAUCAAUAGUCAAUUGUAACAAGAACUACUCCAUUCAAAAGUAUGUAUUCUGACAAGAAUUACAAACUCAAAUAGAGUUAUGACUGUUUUACAAUAUAUGUUAAUUUAGAAUUUAAAUGUAUUUUCAUGUAAUAUUUGAUACUUCCAGCUGAUGAAGGUGAAUACAUCGAAAAAGGGCUCUGUCCUGGUUUCUGAUCCGUCAUUGACUUCUGACCUGCUAAAUGGUUGAAACUAAGACCUUCACGUCAAAUAUGACAAUGGACUAACAUGAAUUUAUCUCUACUCAUAAACUCUUAUCUCUAAUUCUGUAACAAAUUAUUGUGUUAUACAUAUCCUUAUGAGUUUGAGUUUGUAAUCUCUAUUUGAGUUUGCAAUCCUCGUCAGAAUACAUACUUUUGACUGGAUUACCGUAUUUUUUGCACCAUAACACUCCCUUUUUUCCUCCUAAAAAGUAAGGGGAAAUGUCUGUGCGUGUUAUGGAGGGAAUGCCUAUGAGUGGCAUGCCUACAGAUUUUCCUCCUCUAAAAACUACGUGCGUGUUAUGGUCGGGUGCGUGUUAUAGAGCGAAAAAUACGGUAGUUCUUGUUACAAUUGACUAUUGAUUUGCGAGUAGGGACCACUCCCACUAUUGAAACUUAUAUUGGCCUGAGUUCUUGGUGUGCUCUUGGUAUAGUUAAUAACAAGAACUCCAUUUUCCGUAAGGCCGGCAGUGAUGUGACCUGUCUCCUGAAACAGCUGGAGGGCACCAGUUUGGCAAAGCGUGCUGCAGAGACUGUGGAGCAGACUGAGGAUUAGAAAUGCUGUCUUGCAGAGAUUCUGUUUUCCUGUUCAUAAAUUAUUUCUGUUCUCUUGCAUCCCAGCUUGGCCCAGCACCCAGCAAACCGAAGCCUUUCGUACCCGAUGGUAUGUAUGCCUGCUUCUAUGGUCUGUCUUGGCGGGAGGGAGACACAUAGAUCUAUGGCCCCUGGCCUACAUCAGAGAGCUGUGUGCUGCAAAGACAUACGUCCCCUUGUCAUCCAGGGGCUCAGCUUUUCUCAUCCAUAAAAAGAAAAAGGGUAGAGGGACCCCUGACCAUUAGGUCUUGUCGUGACCAACUCUGGGGUUGCGGUGCUCAUCUUGCUUUACUGGCCGAGGGAGCCGGCGUACAGCUUCCGGGUUAUGUGGCCAGCAUGACUAAGCCGCUUCUGGCGAGCCAGAGCAGCGCAUGGAAAUGCUGUUGACCUUCCCACCGGAGUGGUACCUAUUUAUCUACUUGCACUUUGACAUGCUUUCGAACUGCUAGGUUGGCAGGAGCAGGGACCGAGCAACGGGAGCUCACCCCAUCGCGGGGAUUCGAACAGCCGACCUUCUGAUCGGCAAGUCCUAGGCUCUGUGGUUUAACCCACAGCGCCACCCGCGUCCGUUUUUCCACAUCCAUACCUGCCUAUCAACCAGCUGGUUUUAUUUGUUUUAUUUUGUAACGUUUAUAUACCAAUUGCAAAAACAAAAAUAAAAAAUCAGAGUGGUUUACAAAAAAGAAAAAAAGAUAGAAGAAUAAAAUCAUCAAUGAGGAAAUUCAGCAACAAUAACUUAGCAAUAAUUUAGCUGCCGGCGAAGUGAGGUUUGUCCCUGCGUCCAGAGUAAACACUGAGUUUGUGUGAAUACAACCCUUGCUCUUCUCGCAGGAACAGAGGAGUUUAUCGUUCUGGCUCUUUAUGACUAUGAAGCCAUCCACAAGGAAGACCUGAACUUCCAGAAGGGCGACCAUCUCAAAGUCCUAGAGAAGUAAGUACAAGACCCCUCUAGUGCAGCUGCUUACUGAGCGAAGGUGGGGGGGGGGUCUUAUCUGGGAGUAAGUGUUGGGGGGGCCCUGAUCUGCUGCCUGCUUUCUUUGGGAAUCUGGUUGACCCAAUUUGUUAUGGUGUUAUGUACUGAGUUGAAUAGGAUCCAAACUGCAGCAGUCUGAUUGGUCCUAGAACAAUAGGAUCCAAAUUGCAGCAGUCUGAUUACUCCUAGAACAAUGCAGCAGUAUGAUUGGUUGGCAGGAACCACCCAAUCAUGCUCCAGAUAUAAGUGAAUCCACAACCUGAUUGGCUUACAGUAGAAUUCCAGAAUUAGCCAAUCAUGUGCAGCCCAUUGUGUAAAUAAUGUAUAUAAAGCAGAUACUUUGAGGGGACUUUCAUUCAUUCCUCCUCACCACUAUGAGCUGAAUAAAGAGCAUGAAAUCACUUUGCGACUCUGAGUAUAUUUCACUGGCGACGAAGGUGGGAUCCCGCUGAGCUGACUGCCACACACAGCACCGCAGCACCGCCACCUGCCGCACCGCUGCCUCGCACCGUGUAUCCAGGCUUCAGCUCCGGGACACAAGGAACUCAGAAUGGCAACCGACAGCAGCUUCUCACCGUUCAACCCAGCAUCUGGAGACUGGGAAGCGUAUGCCUCCCAUUUCACCUUCCUCCUAGAAGCCAAAGGGGUCACCGAUGAAGAAGACGCCAAGAAGAGGGCGAUAUUCUUCAGCAUCUGCGGAGAGGAGACGUUUGAAAUCGCCCGGGCUCUCCUUGCACCUGAAGACGUCGCUACUGUUCCAUACAAAACAAUAAUGGAACACCUGAAGGGGCACUUUUCGCCGCAGCCCUCAGUAGUGGCUCGUCGAAAUGCCUUCUACGCAAAGCGGCAAGCCUCUGGGGAAACCAUAACUGGGUUUGUGACCUCUCUCCGCCAAGCCGCCCGGUUCUGCAACUUCUCAGAGCUGGAGAACAUGCUUCGUGACCGCCUCGUCGGUGGCCUGAAGGAUGAGAAGCUGCAACGACGCCUCUACGCUAAGAAGGACCUAACGUUCCAGGUCGCUCUGGAGGAGGCCCUGGCAACAGAAGCUGCCAAGAGGUUGACGCAAGAGGCACGGCCAAGCCUGCCAUCCCAACCGAGGGUCCACCAUGAAGACCUCACCGACGACUCAGGAUCUGACAUGGAGGAAGUGCACCGAGUACAGCAGUGCACCCAAGCAGCGCACAGACCACAGCUGCCUCGACGAGAAGGAGGGAACUGCGCAAGCUGCGGGGAAAGUCAUGAGAGGAGGACCUGCCAUUUCCGCAAUGUAGAGUGCAGGCAGUGCAGAAAAUCGGGACACAUCGCCCGGGUGUGUCGAGCUCGGCCCACCCGAUGCCAGGCAUCAGAUGACCAAUCCAAGAGCCCCAGGUCCCGGGGCCCAACACACCAAGGCAACUCGACGGAGCUCACGGACUUCCAGGUAUACCAGUUGCCCCACCCCAACGUAGAGAAAAUUUAUGUAGAGGUACAGAUAGAGGGGCCCCAUGCCGCAUGGAGCUUGACACAGGUUCAACUCUAUCCAUACUCUCUGCAAGGACCUUAAGGAAACUGUGUCCUACUAGGGGUCCCAAACUCAGGCCGGCCCCAUUCACCCUCCGGGACUUCCAGACACCCCCACAAUGGGGGUGGGGACCUUCAGGGUGCAAUACCGAGGGCGGACGCGGCAACUGGACUUGCUUGUGGUCAAGGGCCCCUACAUUAGCUUACUGGGAUUGGCAUGGUUUGGACCACUGGGGCUAGCCAUCACCGGGGUGAAUCACACUACCUUACAAGUGGACGUGGACGCCAUCUGCAAGGAAUUUCCAGGGGUUUUCGAUGGGAAAUUGGGACAGUAUACGGGCCCCCCCAUUGCUCUACAGCUUGACCCCGCAGUACGACCGGUCAGGCUCAAGGCCCGCCGGGUCCCGUUCGCCCUGAAACCCCGUAUAGACGAGGAAUUGGACCGGCUCGUGGAGCAAGGAGUGCUGGAGCCGGUGCCUAAUGCCCAUGGGAAACCCCAAUCGUCACACCCGUCAAGCCUAAUGGUUCGGUCCGCAUCUGCGCAGACUACAAAUGUACCAUAAACAAGGCCCUCACGGCCCAUGCAUACCCAGUGCCAGUGGUCAGCCAUGUCCUUGCCACCCUGGCUGGGUCGAAAAUUUUGGGCAAGCUGGACUUGGCCCAAGCAUAUCAACAGCUGCCAGUAGAUGAGGCCACAGCAGAGGCACAGACGAUUGUGACGCACAGAGGAGCGUUCAGGGUAAAGCGGCUGCAAUUCGGUGUCAGUGUGGCACCAGGCAUAUUCCAGAAUCUAAUGGACUCCCUCCUUAAAGGGAUUCCUGGGGCAACCCCAUCUUCGAUGAUGUGUUGAUUGCCGGGCCCACACCAGAGGAGUUUGAGGACCGCCUCCGCACCGUUCUGCACCGUUUCCAGAUGGCGGGUCUCAAGGUGAAGCGGGAAAAAUGUCUACUAGGAGUGCCUCAGGUGGACUUUCUGGGAUUUAUGGUGGAUGCAGAAGGGGUCCACCCGACUGGGGACAAGGUACGGGCCAUUUGUGAUGCCCCAGCGCCCAAGAGCAAGACUGAACUUCAGGCCUUCUUGGGACUAUUGAACUUUUACCUUUCCUUCCUUCCCCACAAGGCGGCGGUAGCAGAGCCCCUACACAGACUCCUGGACAAGCGGGCCCCUUGGGUGUGGGGCCAGCGCCAGGAGGCUGCAUUCCAGGCAGUCAAGGACUUGCUUGUCUCAAACUCGGUCUUGGCACACUUCGACGAGAGGCUGCCGGUGGUGCUAGCAUGCGACGCCUCACCCUAUGGCAUUGGCGCUGUCCUGGGACACCAACUCCCGGAUGGAAGAGAGGUACCGGUAGCAUACUUUUCCCAGACACUCAAUGCAACCGAGCGGAACUACUCACAAAUAGACAAGGAGGGGCUGGCAAUCGUGAAGGGAGUAAAAAAAUUCCAUGAUUUCUUGUACGGGCGGCCCUUCACCGUGGUGACUGACCACAAGCCGUUGCUUGGCUUGUUUGCCCCCGAAAAGCAGACCCCCCCAAGUGCUGUCUCCUCGCGUCCUCAGGUGGUCAAUUUUCCUUGCCAGCUACCAGUAUGCACUGAUUCACCGCCAUGGGAAGGCGAUGGGCCAUGCAGACGCCCUCAGCAGGCUACCACUACCGGAAACAGGCCCCGACCCAGCACCUGCACAAGAGGUUAUGAGCCUGGAGCUGCUUCCCGACCGCCCUAUCAGGCACAAGUUGCACACCAUUCCAAGAAAGACAGAGUCAUCUCCCGGGUCCUGGACUGGGUGUGGAGGGGAUGGCCCAGCAGCAGCCCUGGGCCAGAAUUCGCUGGCUACACAACCCACAAACAUGAACUGUCGGCCCACAAGGGGUGCCUGUUAUGGGGAAGCAGGGUCGUUGUUCUCCAGCCCCUCCGCAAAAGGGUCCUCACAGCCCUACACGAGACACACUCAGGGGUAGUAAGAAUGAAGGCCCUGGCCAGGAGUUAUGUGUGGUGGCCGGGGAUCGACAGAGAGAUAGAGGCCUGGGUCAAACACUGCCAGGCCUGCCAAGAAUCCCGCCCAGAUCCCCCAAGGGCCCCAGUCCAGUCCUGGGAGUCCGCCCGAGCACCAUGGUCACGCCUGCAUGUGGACUUCGCUGGCCCCUUUCAGGGGAAAACAUUCUUCAUAGUGGUGGACUCCUACACCAAAUGGCUGGAAGUCGCACUGGUACCGUCCACUUCUACAUCCGCAGCCAUCCGGGUACUACGCAGGCUGUUUGCAACCCAUGGGCUCCCUGACACUCUCGUCUCAGACAACGGGACUGCAUUUACGUCAGGAGAAUUCCAAACCUUCACAGCGCAGAACGCCAUCCGCCACAUCCGUUCGGCGCCAUUCCACCCUGCCACCAAUGGCCAAGCAGAACGCAUGGUGUGGACCACCAAGGACACCCUUCGCCGCAUGAUGCAAGGGGAUUGGGAGUACCGCCUUGCCACAUUCCUCCUAGCACAGCACAGCACCCCCCAGCUCAACGACUGGCCGGAGCCCUGCUGAACUACUAAUGGGUCGGCGCCUUGCAAUCAGAUUGGACCGCCUUCACCCCGAUAGAGCUCAGGAUGAGGUAGUGGAAGGCAGGAACCCCCGGACCUUCGAGGCCCAGGACCCAGUGUACGCAAAGAAUUUUGGGGCAGGCCCAGCAUGGGUACCCGCCACAGUCACCAGGGUCACUGGCCCGGUGUCGUGCGAGGUGCUAACGGAUGGGGGGCAAUGCUGGCGCCGCCACUGCGACCAGAUACGGCGAUGAUACGAGCAUGAAAUCACUUUGCGACUCUGAGUAUAUUUUAUAUAUCCUGUCUAGGUUGGAUCCCCGUAAGUGUUAGGGCCGCUCUACAGGGGUGGUUUUUUUGCCUGCUUUCAGUUUGGUGUGGCAAAUCCACCCCCGCCACUCGCACAGUAAGGGGUUAGGGUUAUCUAUUAGUUCCUUUGCGUUCUUGCUAAAAAGCAUAAAAAUAUGUUUCAUAUAUAAUACAGUAUACUUCCUGUUGGCUAUUUGCAGAUUAGUUGCGCCGCAGAAGGCGUGCUGGGGAGACCACACAUUCAAGAAACGCAAAAAAAAUUUUGCUAGGUUUUAGCAACAAAAACAAAAACUCCUUUUACACUAAAUUACAAUAUAUCAAUAAGCAUGACCCAUCCACCAGGGUCCUGUGAGAGCUGCAUGCUGCUCUUUAUAUACCAUACCCAACAGCUUAAUUACCACAACUUAACAGCACCUGCUAUACUGCUUCACGGCUGUAAAACUAGGUCAUGUUAUUUGCUCUGGCCUUUAAAGAAAUACACGUCUUGUGGAACAAGAAUGAACCUUCAGAUUUAAAGAGACCAUUCAACACUUCCAUGCUACAAGUCUAAGACACAGAAAGCCAUAGCUGUCAACGUUUCCCCUUUUUUAAGAGAAAUUCCCUUAUUCCGAAUAUGAUUCCUUGCAAGGAAAGGGAAAAGAAAAGGGAAAAGGACGCGGGUGGCGCUGUGGGUUAAACCACAGAGCCUAGGGCUUGCCGAUCAGAAGGUCGGUGGUUCGAAUCCCCGCGAUGGGCUGAGCUCCUGUUGCUCGGUCCCUGCUCCUGCCAACCUAGCAGUUCGAAAGCACGUCAAAGUGCAAGUAGAUAAAUAGGUACCGCUCCGGCGUGAAGCUAUUUCCCCUGGGAACAAGGAAGGAUUAUAAAACCUGUUUAAAUCCAUAGCAUAGGUAGACUUGCCCCCGGAGAAUCCUGGAAUUCCCAGCACCCUUUACAAACUGCCGUUCUCAGGUUUCGUUGGGGGGAGCCAUGUGCUUUUAAUAAUAAUAAUAAUAAUAAUAAUAAUAAUAAUAAUAAUAAUAAAUUUAUUAUUUAUACCCCGCCUAUCUGGCUGGGCUUCCCCAGCCACUCUGGGCGGCUUCCAACAAAAUAUUAAAAUACAGCAAUGCAUCAAACAUUAAAAGCUUCCCUAAACAGGGCUGCCUUCAGAUGUCUUCUAAAAGUCAGAUAGUUGUUUAUUUCCUUGACAUCUGACGGGAGGGUGUUCCACAGGGCGGGUGCCACCACCGAGAAGGCCCUCUGCCUGGUUCCCUGUAGCUUUGCUUCUCGCAGUGAGGGAACCGCCAGAAGGCCCUCGGCGCUGGACCUCAGUGUCCGGGCUGAACGAUGGGGGUGGAGACGCUACUUCGGGUAUACUGGACCGAGGCCGUUUAGGGCUUUCAAGAUCAGCACCAACACUUUGAAUUGAAUGCAGCCAUAGACCUUUGAGGCCCAUUCAGACAACUACAUAGACACGUGUAGGAGGACCCUGGGAAAGUCUGUGGCUCAUAGCCCUUGAACCCUUGCCACACACCCUUUAAGAUGCAUUUUAGCAUCUACCCAAGCACAGCAUCUUAUAUCAUGCCUCGAUUACGUUUUGGCCUUUGGCAAACCUCAGCAGCAAGCGGUCUGCAUUUGCAGGGGCGUCGCUGCGGGGAAUGCCUCUCUGGGCACCCGUUUUUGAACUUGCCAUUUGAGCGUGUGAUUGCUCCUCCUCAGUGACAGAAGAUUGAUAUUCUCGACCUCUUUCCGCCCCCCUUCCUCUCUCUUUCUUUCUCUCUGCAGCUCGGGCGAGUGGUGGAGAGCCAAAGCCCUCUCAACAGGCCAAGAGGGUUAUAUCCCCAGCAACUAUGUCGCCAGAGUCAACUCCCUGGAGACGGAGGAGUGAGUCUGCUCUGUGGCUGGGGGGUAGCGAAGGGGGUCUUCUCUGCACGGCGCUUAUCUAGGACUGCAAUUAAAGUGCCCUUUGUGCUGGGGGUGGGAUAGUGAACAGGGGCAAAAGACCCUCUCCACCUAGCCCUGCCAGCUUCCACCAGCAUAGAAUUCACUAGUAUCAACCCAAAUGUUGAUGGAUUUUCACGAGGACUUAAAAAAACAAAUAAGAAAUUAAGAAAGCGGACCAAAGACUCUUUAUGUAUGCCACAGCAGCGGCAAGAAACAUGCUUGCCCCAAACUGGAAACUGCAAGAAAUUCCUACAAUUGCAGAGUGGCAGACAAAAUUGAUGAGUUAUGCGGAGCUAGCCAAACUGAUGGGAAGAAUUUGGGAUCAGGACAAUCAGAGGUUUCAAGAAAGUUGGAGUAAAUUUAUGGUGUAUAUAAAGGAUAAUUGUAAAACUUUAAAAAGACUGGCAGGAUUGAAAUAGCUCUUACAAUGUAUGACAGAUAGAAGGUUAAAAAGUAGAAUACGCAAUAUAAGAAAAUAAGGGAUACCCGCUGAAGGGAGGGAGGGAAGUCGCACGCUCGGCAGAGCUAGAGGUAUUUAUGUGAUUUAAUGUAUUGUAUUGCAAAAGUAUGUAUAAGGAAAGUAAUAAAUACAGAAUUGCAAACUGAUGUGGAAAUGUGGAGAAACAAACUAAAGUUUGGGAAAAUGAGAAACUGAAAUGGACCGAUUUGCCCCUGCCAGCUUGGGAAGGUGCGCAGCACAUGCAAAGCCAGAUCUGGCUUGCUCACCCUCCUGUCUUGUGACUGUUGCCCCCCCAGGUGGUUUUUCAGAGGCGUCAGCAGGAAGGAUGCUGAGCGGCAGCUGCUGAGCCCUGGGAACGUGAUAGGCUCCUUCAUGAUCCGAGACAGCGAGACAACCAAGGGUAAGUGGCGCUGGUUCGUGUGUGCAUGGGCCAGAUCAGCUUUCCCCACAAACAGCUGGACCUGCUGGAGAACAGAUGCCCUGUUGUUCAGAGAGGAGCUGCUCGCGCAUAGAAAUAGCCUGCUGGAUGCCUCUGGGAAACCCACAAGUGGGGCAGAGCGAAUGUUGUUCAGUUUGCUUUCCUCUUCCACCGUCCAGUGGCGUAGCAAGGUCAGGUGGUACCCAGGGCGGAAAAUUUCUUGUGACCCCACCCCCACAUUGAAAUUUAUUUCUUUUUGCCUGCAAAAAUGGUUUGACUUUACAGUCAUACCUCAUGUUACGUUUGCUUCAGGUUGAGCGUUAUCAGGUUGCGUCCUGCAGCGACCCGGAAAUACCGUAACAGGUUACUUCCGGGUUUUGCCACUCACGCAUGCACAGACAUGCAAAAUGAUAUCACGCGCAUGCACAGAAGCAGCGAAUCAUGACCCGCGCAUGCACAGACGUGGAGAUGCGGGUUGCGUUCUUUUUAGGUUGCAAACGGGCCUCCGGAACGGACCCUGUUCGCAAACAGAGGUACCACUGUAUUUCAUUUUAUUUUGCGGAGCCAAAGUUGUGGGGCUAUUUAGCUGUGGAGCUUUCUUUGUGGAAGCCGAAGUUGUUGAGCUUUUUGGGGGGAGACCACACACCCUACAGCCUGCACGCCAAAACCAAAGCAUCUCUCGCAGACGCUGAGUGCCGCACAGCAUUUUGUCACCCCCCCCUGAGGUGGCACCCAGACCGGACCGCAACCCACCUUGCAACGCCUCUGCCACCAUCCUGAUACACCAUCUUCCUUUCCCCUCUCUUCCUGUGGGGCAGUCCCAGAGUGGAGGGCUUGGGCAGGCCCCACUUGUUGUGUGAGCCUCUCCAGCGCAGGGGGUUGAAAUUGGGUUGGGGAGGAAGUGCUGGCGAUCCAGUGGCACUUUCCAGUUCUCCCUCCUGCUGCUGCUGCAGGACAGCUUGACCCACCUCUGCUUCCUGCAAGCUUUUCCCUAUGUGUGACUUGCAGGAGGAGGCGCUGACAGCGACAGGGAGGUUAGAUGGCCAGGUUCCUGCCUGGUGCUUGAGGACAAGUCUUGCCCAGCGCCUGAGGACAGGUCCUGCCCUGCCAUCUGUACCUCUUGCUUGAGCAGGAUGUUCUUCCGCAAGGACCACAGGAGAACCCAAACGGCCACUUGCAAUCUUCCCCGAUUCCUGGGUGAGUCAAGGCAAUCAUAGGGCAGGGGUCAGUAGGCUGACUUGUGAGGGUUGGGCUUGAACAUAGGAAAGACAGACUCUGGCCUGGUUUGUGUGUAACACACAGUUUAGGAAAAUACCGUAUUUUUCGGUCUAUAAGACGCACCAGACCACAAGACGCACCUAGUUUUUGGAGGAGGAAAACAGAACAGCAAGAGGGAUCGCUACGCAGUGAAAGCAGCAAUCCCUCUUGCUGCUCUGGCUUCUGGGAUAGCUGCGCAGCCUGCAUUCGCUCCAUAAGACGCACACACAUUUCCCCUUGCAUUUUAGGAGGGAAAAAGUGAGUCUUAUAGAGCAAAAAAUACGGUACCUUUUCAUGGUUCAAACCCUGCCUAGUGGUUUGUUUCCUGCCAGCAAACCACAAUGGGGAAGCCAUGGCUUGCUAGUUAACAGACCUUGGUUUGUCUUAACUAUGGCUUGGCAUUAUUGGCAAAACCUACUUGGUGUUUCGCAGCUUUCCAACUAGUUGCAGGAUCUCAGCCAGACCUAGCAGAGUAAACGCAGAAUCCACGGAAGCAAUUGGUGACUUGGCUGCAGACAGGAUAGACGAAGCAGGAACCAGGAACUUGUAGUUAGGUGUUUAUUAUAUACAGUGGACUAUUUACAGGAACAGAACACGGAUCUUUAGCUUGCUCUCUCUGACAUGACUCACAACUCCUACACUGACACUGACCCACCGAACUAACAGUUAGUAGGCCAUUAAUUAUCACUCCCUUGAGAGAGCUUGACCAAUCAUGGAGCUGUCUCCAUGCCUCUUUAUCACCAGGCAGACUUACUCCUUCACAUGACCUUUUGGCUGUCUGCCAAACCCUAAUUGACUCUGUGUGAGUAGCUGCACGUACACAAUUUCCCAACAGGAAUUGCAUGUGAACCGUGGUUUGCUUGGCCAGCCCACCGGAGACACUUGCCAAGCUAAAUAGGCACGAGGUGAGAGCAGUUGGUAAACAAACUAUGGCUAACUUGUAGUUUGCUAAACAAACCACGGCUUGAACCAGCCUCCCCCAGCCUGGUGCCCACCAAAUGUUGUGCACAACUCCCAUCAGCUGUGUGGCUGGGGUUGAUGGGACUUGUAGUCCAAAAAUUCAAGAGGGCAUACCAGUUUGAGGAAGGCUGCCUUACACAAACCAUGGUGCAGUGUUACAUGCAAACCAGGUCAUUGUGCCCAGCCUGAGACAAUGUCCAUACGGCAGAUACCAUCAGUAAUUUUAUUUGUUUCUCGUUGAAGCUGGCUCCUUAGAAACACUCCCCUCCUCCCAUUUAUAAUGGUCUAGAUCCAAAACCCCAAGAGCAGGUAUGGGAGAACUGGUGAAAUGGUCACGUGAACCUCCUUUCUCAGUUUGCAUUCCUCCCUCUUGGCCCAGGUUCUUACUCCUUGUCUGUGCGAGAUUUCGACAACCAGAAGAAAAUGGAGACAGUGAAGCAUUACAAGAUUCGGACGCUGGACAGCGGCGGCUUCUACAUUUCUGCCCGGAACACCUUCAGCAGCCUGCAGGAACUGGUCAGCCAUUAUAAGGGUGAGCCUGUGCUGGGUGCUCCCUGGAACACCUCAAUGUCAUUGUGACUGGCUCACGGUCACCCGGUGCGUUUUACAGCCGAGGGGGGAUUUGAACCCUGGUCUCCAGGGUCUCUACUCCAGAACUCUAACCACUACUCCACGCCACUCUCUCACGUAUCUGCGAUGGGUUCAUAUCAAGGCUUCUCCAUGGUGGCACAAGUGUAACAAAAUUUGUGGUCCGUUUGGAGCCUUGUUUCCAAAAGCGCCAGCCUGCAGCCUUGCCUUGGGAUCCUGCAGGGUAGAAUAACCUGUGUUCUCUUUCAGGGCAAACUGAUGGUCUUUGUCAAAAGCUGACUUACCCGUGUAUCGCUCCGAAACCUCAGCAGCCCUGGGAGAAAGAUGCCUGGGAAAUCCCCCGCAGCUCUCUGAAGCUGGAGAAAAAACUGGGAGCUGGGCAAUUCGGAGAAGUCUGGAUGGGUAAGAAUGUCGGAACCGGCCUGUCAAAUGAUGAGGCUGAGGGUCUCCCUAGUCCUCUAUGUUAGUUCCCUGUGAUGGCCAGCCAGAUGGGCUUCUGGGAAGCAGAGUUAUACUGCCUCUGAACAUGGAGGCCACAUCUGGUAGCCAUCUGUUGCAGCCAAUUCCAUAUGUUAUAAUAAUAAUAAUAAUAAUAAUAAUAAUAAUAAUAAUAAUAAUAAUAAUAAUAAUAAUAAUUUAUUAUUUAUUAUUUAUACCCUGCCCAUCUGGCUGGGUUUCCCCAGCCACUCUGGGCAGCUUCCAACAAAACACUAAAAUACAAUAACCUAUUAAACAUUAAAAGCUUCCCUAAACAGGGCUGCCUUCAGAUGUCUUUUAAAAGUUUGGUAGUUGUUUUUCUCUUUGACAUCUGGUGGGAGGGCGUUCCACAGGGCGGAUGCCACCACCGAGAAGGCCCUCUGCCUGGUUCCCUGUAGCUUUACUUCUCGCAGCGAGGGAACCACCAGAAGGCCCUCGGAGCUGGCCCUCAGUGUCUGGGGAGAAGGAUGGGGGUGGAGACGCUCCUUCAGGUUUACUGGACCGAGGCCGUUUAGGGCUUGAAAGGUCAGCACCAACACUUUGAAUUGUGCUCAGAAACGUACUGGGAGCCAGUGUAGGUCUUUCAAGACCGGUGUUAUAUGGUCUCGGCGGCCGCUCCCAGUCACCAGUCUAGCUGCCGCAUUCUGGAUUAGUUGUAGCUUCUUCAUAUGUUCAUGAAGAAACCCCAGGAGAGUCUGGAACCGUGCUGCCUGAUGUGCUAGCUUUCUAGAUGCAGGGUGCUUCUGACACUGGGUCUUGCCAAAUAACGCCCGUAGGCUUUGGGGGCCUGUUGUUUUAGUCUAGAAACUGUUCUUAACAAAGCUAAAGAAUUCCGUAGCCCAUUCCACAUUCUGCUUUUACACCGCACCCCGUUCUUGCCUGGAAAUCACAGACUGCACAACAUCCCUGGGCAUGAGUUAGCAUAGUGUUUGGGGUCUCGUAUGGUCUCCUUGGGUAUGGUGAUGGAAAGCUCCAUUUCCCAUGAUGGAUAGCUCACUUGGUAAAGCAUUGGACCCUUGACCUCAGGCUCAUGGGUUUGAGCCCCAUGUUGGGCCAAAGGAUUCAUGCAUUGCAGGGCGUAGGAAUGGACGAUGCUCUGUGAUUCUGCCGCUCUGAAACAGCCCCUUCUCUCCUCUCCAGCCACCUACAACAUGCACACAAAAGUGGCCGUCAAAACCAUGAAGCCAGGGAGCAUGUCUGUGGAAGCCUUCCUGGAAGAAGCCAACAUCAUGAAGACCCUGCAGCACGACAAGCUGGUCAAACUGCAUGCCGUUGUGACCAAGGAGGAGCCCAUUUACAUCAUCACCGAAUACAUGGAGAAAGGUGAGACGCAGGAAGGAGCGGAAGGUUCAGCAGCAGCCUUUGCCAACCUGGUGCUCUCCAGAAGUUUGGGGCUACAGACUCAGCCGGCACAUCUGGAGGGUACCAGGUUGGUGAAGCCUGUUCCAUCCCCAAGCUUCUAUCCCCAAAAGGAGGUUUUCGCAAAAGGCACCUGCCCAACAAUACCUUUUUCACUCGUCCUUCUCUUUUUUUUUUCUUUUUUAAAUAAUUUGUUAUUGGAAAUUUUAUUUACAACAUAACAUAAACCCCCACCCCCCAAUACAGAAAUCCACCCUUAUUAAACAUGAACAUAACAUACAAUAAGCAUAACAUACAACAAUACAAACAACCAAAUAAAAGACUUCCUUUAUCCUCUAUCUGGCCUCCUUGUUUACUUCUUAUAAGCUGUUUCCUUUAUGAGUAAUUAUUAAGAUUUUUCUAAUUAUAACUUGAAUAUCCACAAAGUCUCCUGCAGACAUUAAUUGAAACAAGUCCAGGUAUGUAUUUUAGGGCACUGUUUGGUGAAGUAUUCUCUGCAUUUCCCCCAUGCUUUUUGAAACUCUUGUCUAGUGUGAUCUCAAAUUGCCUCUGUUAAUCUAGCCAAUUCAAUAUACUCUAACAGUUUAUCUUGCCAUUCCUUUUUUUUCACUCGUCCUUCUCUGUUUUCAGCCUUCUCAUCACAAACAAGAAGGCUAGAAACUGGGAACAUUUUUUUAAAAGAAACAUGAAACCAGAGUUCCUUAAGAAUCGGGGUUAUUGCCUUGUUUUUGGCAGCAGGCAGCCAGCAUCUACAGGGCUGGUACAAUUUAGCAGCAUUCUGCGGAGGUGCUGUCAGCUCCUAGCACACGAGUGCCACAUGCCAAUGAGGUUGCACAGGAUGCAGCACGCAGCUGGGUGGAAGAGAUAGCUGAGUGGGGAGCAGCAUGAGAACGUGGAGGAAGAAGAUACUAGAAUUGCAGAGUUGGAAGGGACCCGAGGGUCAUUUAGUCCAACCCCCUGCAAUGCAGGAAUCUCACCUAAAGCAUCUCUGGCAGGUGGUCACCCAACCUCUGCAUAGAAACCUCGAAGGAAGGAGAGUCCACCGCCUUCCAAGGGAGUCCGUUCCGCUGUCUGACGGCUCUUGCCAUCAGAAAGUCCUUCCUGAUGCGUAGCCAGAAACUCCUUUCUUGUAACUUGAAUGCAUUGGUUCAGGUGCUGCUCUCUGGGGCAGCAGAAAACAGGUUUCUCCAUCUUUCAUGCAACAGUCCUUAAGAUAAGAAUAAGAAUAAGAAUUUAUACCCCGCCCUCCCCAGCCAAGACCAGGCUCAGGGCGGCUAACACCAGAUAUAAAACAAUUGAUUGAAAUACAACUUUAAAAAACAAGAUUAAAAUACAACAUUAAAAUGCAGCCUCAUUUCUGCAGAAACUCAAAAACUUUUUGGGGGAUGAAAACGUCAAGUCUUCACCAAGGCUAACUAUCCAGACUGGUCCUAUGUGGACCAGAAAAAAGCCAGCAAAGUCCCCAAAUAGGAGUUCCAUCACAGGAGAAAGGAAAACGGAAAGAGGGGAAGGGGAUCAAGUUGAUUCCAAGCCAAAGGCCAGGCGGAACAACUCUGUCUUACAGGCCCUGCGGAAAGAAAUCAGAUCCCGCAGGGCCCUGGUCUCAUGAGACAGAGCGUUCCACCAGGCUGGGGCCAGUGUUGAAAAGGCCAUGCCUCUGGUUGAGGCUAGUCUGACUUCCUUAGGGCCCGGGACCUCUAAGGUGUUGCUAUUUAUGGACCUUAAGGUCCUCCGUGGGGCAUACCGGGAUAUUUGAAGUCAGAUAUUAUGAAAGUGCCUUUAACUCUAAGAUGGGAGUAAGCCCCUCUGGAACAGAGGAGAUUACUCCAGAGUCCAGAUGCAGAAGACUCGGCUGCAGAAUUGAGAGGCCACCUUACCAGAUGUCCCUGGAAAACUCUUUGGUGCUAAUUAUGUUAUAGGGCAGCUUUUCCCAACCUGGUGCCCUGCAGCCGUUUUGGAUUACAACUCCCAUCAGCCCCUGGGAAAGGCUGAUUAUAGGGAGACAGGGUGGGGUAAGCCCGUGUCUCUGAGCAUCCAGACAGCCCAUGUCUAUGUGAGCCUGGGAACAAAGUAUGUGCUGCCCCACUGAGCAAUGGGUCCCUUCCUAAUGGAAGAUCUGGCCCCCUCUGAAGAACACAAUGGACUGCGCCCUGAUGGGUUUCUUUCCUCUCCGUAGGUAGUUUGCUGGAUUUCCUGAAGAGUGAUGAGGGUCACAAACAGCAGCUCCCUGUAUUGAUAGACUUCUGUGCCCAGGUGAGUGUGACCUGAAAAAGAGACCAGCUACUGGAUCAGGCCAAGGGGAGCUCAUCUAGUCUAGCAUCCUUUUCUCUCUCUUUCUCUCUUUUUAAAAAAAUGUAUUCAUUUUUCAUUUUCAUUCAUUACAUACAUCUCAAAUUCUUAACGUUUACUAUAUAUUCCUCCCUCCCCUCCAAGACUUCCCCCAACUUGCGUUUCUGGUUUGUUUCUCUUUUCAUCCACUUUGCUAUCUCUCUACAGAAAAGGUUAUUAAUAACAUAACAUCAAACCUAUAAACCUAAAAAUAAAAUUAACUACAUCAUCUUAUUUCACCAUCUUCUAAACAUUUUCUGAUGCUAAUAAUGUGAAUGUUUAUUUAAAUCCUGCCAUCAAGUCUAUUGACUUUCUUUGUUUCUGCAAAUAUAAUAUGAAUGGUUCCCAAUCUUUUUCAAAGUCUCUGUUGUCUUUUUCUCUUAGUCUUUCUGUCAUUUUUGCCAGUUCUGCGUAGUUCAUCAACUUCUCUUCCCAUUGUUCUUUAGUUGGUAUUUCUCCAGGCUUCCAAUUUUGUGCAGUCAACAUUCUUGCUGCUGUAGUGGCAUACAUAAAUAAAGUCCUCAUUUCUUUUGGUAUGUCUUGACCUAAAAUACCUAGUAUAGCAUCCUUUUCUCACAGUGGCCAACCAAUGCUUGUGACAAACGCACAAGUAGUACUUGGAUCUCUCGCCUCCCGUGGUCUCCAGGAUUUAGAAGCCUAGUAGCCAUUGAUAGCCCUCUUCUCAAUGAAUUUGUCUCAUCCUCGUUUAAAGUUGCUGGCCAUCCCUGCCUCCAGUGGCAGCAAGUUCUGUAGUUGUCAGGAGUGCGUGCAGGAGCCAGGCCCUGUGACCAAUAGGACUUUGCAGGACCUGGGCCUUCCUGAGUUUGUUCUAGAGAGGCAAGGCGCGGCCACACAGGUGAGGCCACUUGGUAACUCACAGCACCUGGUGCCAAGAGCUGGGAAGGGAUAUAAGGUCAGCAUUUCUUUGCCACAGCAACACGCUUCCUGCCUUGCUGUGUUUGGCUUCUUGCUUCCUGAUCCUUGAACCUCAGCUUCUUGACUCCCUGCUUCUCGACCCUGGGACCCUUGACCUCGUGACUCCCUGCUUCCUGAUCCUUGGACCCCUGACUUCGUGACUCCUUGCUUCUUGAUCCUCGGACCCCUGACUUCGUGACUCCUUGCUUCUUGAUCUUCAGACCCUUGACUUUGUGACUCCUUGCUUCCUGACCCUCGGAACCUUGGCUUCUUGAUUCCCAGUUCUCUGACCCUUGGACUCUUGGCUUCCUGGCUUCUGGACCCCCGUUCCUGCUCCCACCCCGCCAUCUUGCCCCCGGUCCUGACGUCCCCUGCCGGGCCUUCGAUCGCCCGUGAACAGGACCGUGACAGUAGUUUUAACUAUGCACUUUAUGGGAAAGGGCUUCCUUUCUUUCCUCCCAAGUCUGUCCUCUCAUAACUAUAGACAAGAGACACUUUUUAAAGCCUGACCCAAGGUGACUCAACCCAGUGGAGUCUCUAUUCCCUCUCUGCAGGGCAGGGUAAUCCCAGCUAGAAUUCCACACCUGUCCUCCAUCCUGGGCAGCCAAGGAGCUCCUGCAAAACUGCGUAGAAUCAUAGAAUUGCAGAGUUGGACCACAAGACUCGUCUAGUCCAGCAGUGCAGGAAUGUUUCACCUGACAUGUGGCUGAAACCCAAGACCCUGAGCUUAAGAGUCUCAUGCUUUACAAACUGAGCUAUUCCAGCUCUUGAAUUUAUUCAGUUGACGCUAAACUUGUCCAGCUACUAAAAAGUCCGCAGUGCUGCAGCCUUUCUUUAUAGGGUGUCAAUCAUUUUGGGCACCCCUUUCUGAACCUUUUACAACUCUGCAAUAUCCUUCUGGACAGGGGCAAUGCCACCCCACCUCUACCUGAGCCUCCCUUACCUGGUUUGUGUUGUGGCACUUGCAAAGUGAAAGUGGCAGUGGCAAGUUCUGGUGAGUUCUUGCCAGAAGCCGGUACUGCUACUGGCGCCAGCCUGGUGGUGUGGCGCUCUUGGGCUUCUGCCCUGCUUUUUAAGGCCAAGUGGCCAAAACUGUGCAGAGGAUUCCAAAUGCAGUCGUACCCUAGAUUCGUACGACGGCAAUAUGUUUUGCUCACUGCCCAAAACAACUCUGCGAGCAUUGUUCCACCUGUUCAGGGCCAAAGAAGCUGUCCAACGGGUCUUUAGGUGUGUGUGGGUCAUUGGGCCAUGCCAGCCGCAAUGGCUGCUGGGAGCUGGAGUCCUGCAACAUCUGAAGGGCCACAGGUUCCUUCCCCUGUCCCUGCAUGAGCAACCCUGCAGAUGUGAGAGUUCCUAGGCUUAGAGACCCUCCAGUGGGUUCCUAACACCAGGCACCACUUCGUUGGUGGAGUUUCAUUGCAUUUAAUAUCUAGGGAUGUGAGAGCGUUGGGCCAUGGUUGUGAGAACCCAUUGUUCCCCGCAGUGAUGCAGAUCUGAAUAUGCAAAUCUGCCUAGUGUGCUUUGUUUGUUUGCAUUGACUCCUAAGGAAGUAGGAAACCUGGAACGGGUCCAAGGGCAUUUCCUUCCUCUGGGUCUCCCUCCGCUGCUGCGGAACAAGGAGGCCUUUGUCACAACGAUCUGUGCUCUCCCUCCCUCCACCAAAACCAGUCCAUCAAAAGAGCAGGUGUGCCCAGGGUGCCAUCCGUCUUGCUUAGGUUGGUGGGGCUGACAGUUAACCCCUUGGCUUCAGGUCUCUGCAGAGCCCCAGAGACAUGUUGACCGAUAAUCGCUCAGCGCGAAUCUCCAGACCAGGAAGUUUUGAGUCAAAAUCUUGCCUCACCCUUAACAUUACAUGGUUUUCGACAGGGUGUAGAAUUAUAGAAUUGUAGAGCUGGGACCCCGAGUGUCAUCUAGUCCAACCCCCUGCAACGCAGGAAUCUCAACUAAAGCAUCCAUGACAGAUGGUCACCCAACCUCUGCUUAAAAACCUCCAAGGAAGGAAAGUCCACAACCUUCCAAGGGAGACUGUUCCACUGUUGAUCACCUCUUAAGGCCAGAAAGUUCUUCCUGAUGUUGAGUCAGAAUCUCCUUUCUUGUGACUUGAAGCCAUGGGUUCGAGUCCUACCCUCCAGAGCAGAAGAAAACAAGAUUGCUCCUUCUUCCAUGUGACAACCCUUAAGAUAUUCGAAGAUGGCUCUCAUAUCGGCUCUUAAGUCUCCUCUUUUCCAGACUAAACAUACCCAACUCUCUCAACUGUUCCUUAUAAGGCUUGGUUUCCAAACCCUUGAUCGUGGUCGCCGUCCUCUGCACUCGUUCAGCUUGUCAACAUCCUUCUUAAAUUGUGGUGCCCAGAAUUGGACACAGUAUUCCAGGUGUGGUCUGACCAAGGCAAAAUACAGUGGUACUAUUACUUCCCAUGACCUGGACACUAUACUUUUGUAAAACAGUGUUCGUGUUUUUUGCUGCUGCAUCACACUGUUCACUCUUGCUAAGCUUGUGGUCUACUAAGAUCCCUAAAUCCUUUUCACAUGUACUACUGGCAUCUUCGGGUACAAGUAGUUAUACUUUCAACUGGGUUUAUAACGCUGUUUCUGGGUUUGGAGUUGCCUUAUUUGACUCUCACCAUAGUUGAGAAUGAACAUAGUUCUUUGGGGUUUGGACGGUACAGCAAGCUGCAGUUGACUGAAGUUUUGGACGUACUCAUGACUGCACUGUGGAAGAGAAGGUGUGAUUUAUCAACCAGCCUAUGAUUCCUCAACCUCACCUUACAGGGUUGUUGUAACGGUAAAAGGGUGCAGUGGGGAGAACCAUGUGCCCUUCCUUGUACGCCUCAUAAUAAGUGAAACAUAAUAAGUGAAAAGGAAUCCUGCCUGCCGCAAUGCUCAUCAGCAUCACAAAUCUCUCUCCUUCACUUGCCCUUCUGUAAAUUAUUAUUUAUUUCAUUUAUUAACCGGCUUCCCACGAGGCAUCCCAAAGCAAUUUAAUAUAGCAACGUAUAUACAACUGUUGCGUACUAGAAGGGUCAGCCAGUGUCUUGAUUUGCUGUUCUGUUGUGGAGACUGCAUUGGAGGGGCGGGGCAUGAGACUUGUACCAUUAACAUAGUCUGGAAGCAAAUUCCUCCUCCCAAAGGGGGGGAUUUCGUGCACCUGCAAGAAAACUUGUUUAAGGAAAGCUGCAGACAUUGUAGGCCACCCUAUAUUUCAUUUCACAGAACACACUUGCCAGAGACUGCUGCAAAGAUUUACUGGUGCUGUGGAGGGAUGUGAACCCGGUUCUAAGGGUGUGUCUAGUGAACCUCAGCACACCAGUCAUUUAUGUUGUCCCAACCUCCCCAGGCGCUGCACUAUCGCUCCCCUUACAAUAGAUCUCUCUCUCUUUACUGCAGAUUGCAGAAGGCAUGGCUUUCAUUGAGAAGCGAAACUAUAUCCACCGGGACUUGAGAGCUGCCAACAUCUUGGUCUCGGCCAUGCUGGUGUGCAAGAUAGCCGAUUUUGGCUUGGCUCGGGUGAUUGACGACAACGAAUACACAGCCCGGGAAGGUGCAAAGAGAGGCUUUUUUUAUGCUUAGUUGCACAAGCCAGCCCCCCCCCCCCCCCGCUUUUGCCCUGUCAAUCUUUCUGUGUACAGUAUGCAUUAGGGUUUAGACACUUAAUAAGGAUGGAGGGCAGAGAAAUUUCAAUCCAGUUUGCACUGAAAGGCAGACCUACCCAAUUUGCACUUUCCAAAGCAACACGCGAACCAAAAUUCACACUUCUCCGAAUUUUGCAAGGCUGUUCUCCGGAGUACUCUGAACAAUCACAGGCAACACGCGGCUAAUAAUGUUCUAACAAAACAUUUGUAAGAUGUAUUCUUUCACAAUUCUUAAACAGAAAAAAUGUAGUAAGAGUCACAAAUAAUAGAAGUCAAUCAAUGUUGCAUGAACAAAAUUAGAAAAUGUAGUCAAUCAGUAUCAAAGAGGCAAACAAGCCUUUCAGCAGUCACAAUCCUAUAACCGUGCAGUAAUGGAUGCUCCAAAUGUAGCAAUUCUUAAACAGAAAAUAUGUAAUGGAGUCACAAAUAAUAGAAAUCAAUCAAUGUUGCAUGAACAAAAUUAGAAAAUGUAGUCAAUCAGUAUCAAAGAGGCAAACAAAGCCUUUCAACAGUCACAGUCCUGUAACCGUUCCAAACGUAGAACAGUUUUUCCGGAUGAUGAACUGUUUUGAUAGUCACUCUUCAUCAGCGAAUAAAUGGUCCUAACAGGUACAGUGGUACCUCAGGUUACAUACGCUUCAGGUUACAGACUCCGCUAACCCAGAAAUAGUGCUUCAGGUUAAGAACUUUGCUUCAGGAUGAGAACAGAAAUCGUGCUCUGGCGGCGCGGCAGCAGCAGGAGGCACCAUAGCUAAAGUGGUGCUUCAGGUUAAGAACAGUUUCAGGUUAAGUACGGACCUCCGGAAUGAAUUAAGUACUUAACCUGAGGUACCACUGUACAUCAAGUAGCCAAGGAUCAGUACUCACUUAGAAGUGUAUUAAGCUGAUAUUCUACGGAAUAAACCCGCAUAGCUUAUUACUUCCUUUUUCUCUAACCUAAAAAGUCCUGAACACUGCAUCCAGAGGAGAAUCGCUUCAUCCACUUUAGGAUGCAGCUUCACGAACCUUUAGGAGCCAGAUUUCCUUGACGUAAAAGACCAGUAGCACAGGCCCUUGCCUGUGUUCACAAUGCAGUUUGGGAGGCAAACGUGUCAUCUGCUGAUAAGCCACUUCUUGCUGCGCAUACCAUGUCAUCUUUCUGAGCUUCACCUUCUUUGUUUUGACCAUCCUGGGCAGGUGCCAAGUUUCCCAUCAAGUGGACUGCGCCCGAAGCCAUAAACUACGGCUCCUUCACAAUAAAGUCUGACAUCUGGUCUUUCGGGAUCCUCCUGAUGGAGAUCAUUACCUAUGGGCGGACCCCAUACCCAGGUGCGUAAUAACAAAAGUCUCUUUGCAGACACCCACACCAAACAUUUAAUGCAUACGGCUUUUCCUUGGAACUGUACUUUGUUAAGAGUGAGUUUGAGGGGUAAAGCUGCAGUUCUCAAGAUUCUUGGGGGGAAGCUGUGACAAUUAAAGGGCUAUCAAUGUUCUUUAGAUACAGUGGUACCUCUAGUUACGAAAUUGAUUCGUUCUGGAGGUCCGUUCUUAACCUGAAACUGUUCUUAACCAGAGGCAUGCUUUCGCUAAUGGGGCCUCCAGCUGCCGCUACGCCACCGGCACACAAUUUCCGUUCUCAUCUUGGGGCAAAGUUCUCAACUCAAGGUAACUCUUCCAGGUUAGCGGAGUUUGUAACCUGAAGCAUUUGUAACCUGAGGUGUUUGUAACUCGAGGUAUCACUGUAUAUGGUGUGGUUUUGAUGUUCCAAGUCUCCAGAUUUUUUUGGCUCGUGGCUGUGAAGAGUAGGGAUUCUUGGUGGAAAGGAGGAGCAGGGGGUGGUGAUGGUCGCAGAGAACCCCACGAGAACUUUAAGGGGCAGCUAGUUAUCCACCCUUGGUAGAAACAAACGUCCAAAUAGUUCCACCAAGAGAUCUUAGUUUAAUAAGAAUAGCAUCCUGGUCAACCUUCCAAGAGGAAUUAGCUGGGAAAUAAACUGCUUAGGUAAGAAAACGAUUUAACCUCUUGGAUGGGGCUGUUUUAAACUGCCCAAUUAAAUAUGGGAGAUUGUUUACCAAAUACAACCGUGUGCCCUCAAAAAUCUCUGUUUGGCAGCUUUGUAUGUUCAUAUUUGCAUGCAGUGCUCCAACUUUCCUGCUUUCAGAAGGGAUGUUAUUUGGUGAGCAGAUGGGUCCAAUUUUACUCCAUUUUUUAGUGGGCGAUAUCCAAUGUACUUGUUUCCAUUAGCAGAAGGACUUCACUAGCACAUCCAAAAUUCUCCCCCCUCCACCCCCGAAUGUGGGCUGUGCCCUCCUCAAAUCUGCUCCAAAGGGUUGGGGGCAACUCCUAGAACAGAUUUAGGAGGCACUUAGGGGAAGGAGAAGGGACGCAGAUGGCACUGUGGGUUAAACCACAGAGCCUAGGACUUGCCGAUCAGAAGGUCGGCGGUACGAAUCCCCGCGUCGGGGUGGGCUCCCAUUGCUCGGUCCCAGCUCCUGCCAACCUAGCAGUUCGAAAGCACAUCAAAGUGCAAGUAGAUAAAUAGGUACCACUCCGGCGGGAAGGUAAACGGCGUUUCCAUGCGCUGCUCUGGUUCGCCAGAAGCGGCUUAGUCAUGCUGGCCACAUGACCCGGAAGCUGUACGCCGGCUCCCUCGGCCAAUGAAGUGAGAUGAGCGCUGCAACCCCAGGGGAAGGAGAGGAGAAAGGUUCAAGUGCACAGGGAGAAAUCUUUGUGCUGAUGGAAUGAGUCACAUAGCUCUACUUUGGAUGCAACCCAUGGCUUCUACAAGUCCAUAGGAACCUAUGAAUGCUGUCAGAGCAUUGGUCUAUCUACCUUAGCAUUGCCUACAAUGACUGGCAGCGUCUCUCCAAUAUUUCAGGGGUGGGAUCUCUCUCAGCCCAACCUGGAGGUGCUGGGAACGGAACCUAGGACCCUCUGUGUGCAAUGCAGGUACACAACCACUGAGCUAUGGUUUCUCUCCCUUCCGUUUGAAUUCAGGGAUGUCGCACCAGGAAGUGAUCCGUGCCCUGGAGCGCGGCUAUCGGAUGCCACGCACGGAGGGCUGCCCAGAGGAGCUCUAUGAAGUGAUGAUGCAGUGCUGGAAACGCAAGCCUGAGGACCGCCCGACGUUCGAGUACAAUCAGAGCAUCCUGGAGGACUUCUUCACUGCCACCGAAAGCCAGUACCAGCAGCAGCCUUAAAGGAGACGGAGGACCAGACAGCAGAGUGGGACAGUCACUGCAGUACGAUGCUUGAGAGAGAGCCAGUGUUUGAUGUCAAGAUCCGUCUGUGGCUUAGGCAAAAGUAGCUGCCUCCAUCUUGGGAGCUUACAAGGAACAUUUUAUUGACUGCUGUUGGGAGACGGGACUGUACUUGAUGGACCCUCAAGACAAUCCAACAUAAGCAAUUGUUGUGCUCAUAGCUAAAAUGCCUUUUAAAAAACUGUAUUCAGUAGAUGCCAUUUCUGCUGAAGCAUGCCAUGCACUUUUUGUUGCCUGCUGGAAAACCACUGGCUGUUGCUCUAGAAGUAUCUGGUGUGUGUGUGUGUGUGUGUGUGUGUGUGUGAGAGAGAGAGAGAGAGAGAGAGAGAUUGUCAUUUGACGGGGGUGGGAUGCGAGAGAAUCUGACUAAUUGACCAGGCAAAUAAUAUUAUAAAUAUACAGUACCAUUACUUACAGGCAUUCUAACUAAGCUUGCCACCUCUUUCUUAAUGCAAGGGAUGGUUGCUUAUUUAGCAAUAUGAAAUUUUAAUUCUGGAUAGAAAACUGUUCCCUGAAAUAAACCACAGAUGGUGAGCCUAAUUGGCUUAUAUUGAUCGCGGGAGCCCUAGUAGCAAUGAGAUUAAAUCCUAAACUAUUCUGAUCAAUGUAUUAUUUACAGGUUAUAAUAUUAUAGAAAUAUCAGUGUAUGCCAACAAUAUUCAAGGGAACAAACUGUAAUUCCUGGUUUUUACUUGGAGUGCCAGGGGAGGUCUGACUGUUACAGACAAAAUGCACGCAUAAUGAGAAGCAGGUUUAUUUUUUAAUUAUGGUUGCAGUUGUGUGUGUUUGUGAAUCUAGAUUCCUGAAGGUAGGAAGGAGUUGCUGAGAGUACUCUAUCCUAUCUUUCAACUUGAAUAAAGCCAUGAUGGCAUUAAAAGGGCACUGAAAAGCUAUCCUUAGAUUCAUGGAAUACCUGACUGCAGUCAAAUAUCGGGCAACUCUGCUGCCAGUCAGAGUAAGCAAUAUGCAGCUGGGUAGAGAAACAGUCUGCCCUGGUAUAAGGUGACUUCCUACAACCAUUACAGGUGGACUGGACAUUUGUAUGGUCUUUCUUGUGCUGAACCAGGAGUUUGCAAGACUCUUGUGGCUUAGGCACCCUUUGAUCCUUCUGCAAGAGAAAGGGCACUAAGACCACAUCUGUUCACAAGAGAAGGACUGCACUGUUUUCACAGUUGCAUUUCAAGUUUGGGGCAUAUGUAUUUUUAUAGAAAAUUCCCAAACCAGGUAACAAUAAAACAACAUAGAAAAUAGAACUCCUGAAACAUAAGAUUGAAAGAAUGAGAUUUAAAAAAAAAAAAAUAUGGCAGAGAAGUAGCAUAAGGAGCAAUAAUGGGAUCAGUGCCAGCUCAGUGUAUAUUUGGAAAAGAUGACCUCAGUAGAUCUCUUCCCCAAGAUGACCCACCUCCUUAGGGCUGUCCCCACUGCGCAUUCCCUUGCCCCUCCCAGACCCAAAACAAACGAGUGGAAUUCCUUCACUUGCCUCCUAUUCUCUCUCUCUGGACCCAGAGGGAGAAUGGAAAACCAGUCAAGGGCGCUGUCCCAUCUACAUGAUCUUGCAUGCUCAGAGGAGUGGCAGAGCCAGGAAGCUCUGGGGGUUGACAAUGCUCCCCCCCCCAAAAGAAAAAGAGUGUGGAUAAUGAAAGUUGACCAACAAUGCUGACCCCUACCGCCGACCCUGUAUCAGAUAAAACAGCAUAUUAAAGUAAUUCGGAAUAAAAAUUAGCCAGUUAAAUAUCCAUAUUUCUAGGUUCUCUCAUUUCAGAUUCAAGGUAGGUAGAUUUCAUGCCAAACUAUAUAUUUUCACAGUUGAGAUUUAAAAGGGGGUGGGGAGCUGUCAAAGGGUUAUUUCAGCAAAAGGGCUAUAUCAGUUUCCUCUUUACUCCACCCAUCUUCUCUGCAAUUUUGUUAAAUUAAAACUUUAACCUCACACAUGACGUGUAAAUAUACAGAUAUUUUAUCUAGUGUAGAAGGGAGGAAGAGGAGAACUUUGCACUUUCACACAUCCUUCGUGUCUGCCCAUUUUGUUAGUGUCUUUGUGACGUCAUCUGGUGAGCUGUCAACAGGCCGGACCCAGAGCAAGUGAAAUCCAGAACCUCCACAACUUGGGAUGUUUGCAUUUUUAAUGCCAGUGAAAGUUGAGGAAAUACUUUCCGCAGAUAAACAGAAGCACCCUUACAGCCGGCCUCUGCCUUGUCCUCAUUUUCUGCCUGAGCUUAACAGCUCUACAAAACUAGGAUGCUCCAUAAUAAAUAAAAUAGGAUUUGUUUCAGGAUAUUUUGAAAUGUUUGGAUGUAAACUUUUUUGCAUGUUUUGUAAUGAUAAAAAUGUUAAGAAGUCAAA